ACUAGUGCUGAACAUACAAGUUAUAACUAAAUUAAGUGUUUGUUCAAAUGAAUUUCAGGAUUGGCCUUUUACAUUUUUUUAUACUUAUAUUAAUACUAUUAGUAUACAAUUCAGUUAGCAAAUAGUUUCAUAUAUGUUUUUAAAAUGAAACUUAAAACUUAUCAAUGUGUACUGUAACACUAAAUGUAUUUUGUAAAACAAUUCCACACAAUUUCCAGUUUCUAGAGUAAAAAAUUAUAAUUAAACAUUUGAAUCGUCUGAAGCUGAACUGUGAUCCCAGGUAUAUAAGCAUAGAAUGGUUGGAAGACGACGAAAUCAGGGCAGAGGCAAAGGCCAGAGAAGAAGAGUUGGUAAGAGGGGAACUAGCACUAUCUGUACCAGAAGUUCUAGAAGUAAGACUGGAGAUAUUUGUGUUGUGCUGUCAGCUGUUGAAAAAACAGAAGACCAUUGUCUUGAACAAUUGGAUAAAGAUUCAUCCUUGGUGACCAAUAAUAACUUAGUUACUGAAUUCAGUGAUUCAAUAUUUGGAACUGUAAAACAUGAUUUUGAAGAUUAUAUUAAUAAUUCUAAAAUAGAGAACAUUCAAACAAGAGAAACUGAAGAAAAUAGUAGUAACAUGUCUGAUAACACAACACAACCAGUCACUGAGGAAGAAAAAAUGCAAAGUAAGGACAGUAACCACCACAGCAUUGUGGAAAAGGCUGUUUCUGAACCUUAUUCUUGGAGCACAGAAGGACAAACUCUCCAGAUAAAUAACUCAUGUCAGCUGGACCUCUCUCCAGAAAUUUUGAUAUCUGAAGCACUUGACGUACAAAAGAAAGAAGAAAGAGUAAAUCAACAAAUUGUUAAAGAUCAAGAAGAGGAAAGAUCUAAUCAGUGGGAGAAAUCUAUAACUAAACUGGAUGAAGAGUUAACUAGAAAGAUGGAUACUGAAUUGGUAAUGUCUUCAGUAUCAGGAUUAGGAGUUGUACCAAUAAAUGAAAAAAUCUCCGGAGAACAAUUGAGUAAUACAUUUUCAGUUGGUUCUUUAAAUUAUCUCUUUGCCAUGACAAAAAGUGACUUGGAUACCACAGCAAAUGGUGACCAUCCUGAAGAACAAAUAAAAAGUAAUCAGUCAGACCAGAAACAGACAUGUGUAGUUGAUGGUGGUGGCAGCAAAAUAGUAGAGUUAAUGGAAGAAAAAUGUAAUUUAAUUAAUGAAAAUGUAAAUAUUGAAGAAAUCUCUGAAGAAGUAGAUUCACUUUCAAAAAAGGAGUUAGAUAUAAAUAAAUGGGAAUGUACCUCCAUGGUCCAAAGUGAAAUACCAGUGUUUUGGACAGGCUUAGGAACUGAUAGAACUGAAGAGUCUGUGUGGGAGACAAAAUAUGAAAAGACAGAGUUUAGUGGACUCUUUCGUGGACAGUGUCACCUUGAAGAACAUUUGAAAAGGAUCAAGUCACCUUUAAUUGGAUUAGAGUACAUAGUAGAGGUGUGGCAAAAGCAGUUGGAAAAGUUUCAACAUUUUGAAUGUAUGAUUUGCUACAAAACAUUUGAUGAAAAGAAUAUUAUCCAGCAUUUAACUGAAACUAACCACAAAAUUUUGUACCUGGAGAAACACAUACCAAAAUAUGUAAGAAAAUUUCCUGUUGGUAAUCUAAAGGAAAUGAAUUCAAAAUAUCUAAAAGCAUUAGAAGAUUUGUGUAAACAACUAGAGAAGUUUUAUGGAAGACAACAAAUGUACAUUACGACUGAUAGCAUCUUUUCAAAAUGUAAGUCUAGGAUCAAGCAAGUUAUUGAAGAAGGUCCACAUUACUCUGAAUGUAAAGAAAUUUCAUUCCCAUCUGAAAGGAGGAGAUUACCUAGUUGCCCACAUAAGUCAAGAGAAAGUAUUAGAGACUUGAAAUGUACAUUAGUCAAGUGCAAAAAAACUUCAGAUUCUAAGCCUGCAAGUAUGUCUAAAGAAUCCAGACAUACAUCAAGUUCAGAGGCUCAAGAAGUGAAAUCUAAGUCUUCUUCAAGUUGUUCUAGUAAUGCUAAGAAAAGAAAUGACAGCAGUGGAACUAGAAUAGAUAGUUACCAUAGUGCUAGAAGAGGAUUUGGAUUCAAAUCUAGUUUCAGAGAAUCAGAAAGGGAGUCUAAGCAUGCAGGUUUAGAGUCUUCUUUAGUUGAGAAAACUGCCUUCAAUGAAAGCUACCGUAACCCAUCAUAUGUGUGCCAUAAACAUCAUAGGUUAUCUGAAAAAAGAAAACACAAUCUUUCAUUUCUCAACCAGAAAGAAGCAGAACCUACAGAAGAAAGUAAAAGAAUUAGUACAAGAAACAGAAAGUGUAAAUACAAAAAGGAUACCUCCAUGAAUGAUAUUCAGCAUUAUGAAAGAGACAGAAGAUUGAAAGAUACUAUACAGGGUCAAGUUUCAUCUUCCAAGGAGAAGGAAAGGAAAAACAGUAGUAGUGAAAGAAGGGAACAUGAUCAAAGGAGUUGGUCUCCAAAAAAUCAAAAUCAAAACUUCUUCUUGGAGAGCUCAGUCAGGCAUUAUAGCAUGGUUGAUAAUCAUGGUAGAGAAGAAAGAGAUAGAUAUCAGAUGCCAAUAAUAAGAAGAAGGGAUUCUCAAGAAGAUUCCACAUCUAAGAGAAGGCGAAAAAGAAGUCCACCCAGCAGUAGCAUAUUUAAUGAGAGUGGUAAAGAUGUCAGCAGAAUCACGAGAAGAUUCGAGUCCAAAAACAGUAGUAAUUUCAGCUGGAUCUCUUCAGAAUACUUCCACUUUGAUAGAAACAAAUCCAGAUCCCAAGAAACCAUCAGAUAUUCAAGAGCUAGACCAUUUAGGAGACAUAAUACAAAAAAGGAAUCAACAGCUGGCAUCAAAGAUGUCAAAAAAGGGAAGUUGGAUGAUUCAGUAUUUUCAUUUUUCCAAGACCUGUUUACUUUACCAAAGACUGAAGACAAGUCCAAUAGAUAUGACUCAAAACAAACUUAUAGUAACAGCAAAGAUCUACAAAGGUGUAGUAAUUAUUAUCAGUUGUUACCACAACAAAAUGUUGACCAGGUAGAUAAGAUAAGAACUUCUGAAGACUGUGAAGUCAAGUAUUGUUACAAAGUAGAAAAUACAAAAGGUUCCGCCUGUCCACUGAGAAAAGAGAGGUUAAAAAACACUGGAGGUCCAAGUGUCAAGGUGGUAGAUAUCACAAAACAAAGUAACACAAAUUCUGAAAAUAUCUGGAAAGUGUCAUGUGGUAAGAGAGAAAAAGAUGUUUUGGGAGAAGCAAGAAACUCAGAAACCUGUGACUUUGAAGAAGCGGGAGGUACAGCAAUAAAGGAAUAUAAGAAUAAUUAUUUUCCAAACCUUGUAUCCAGUUCUUCAUUACCGAAGGAUAAAGUUAAUAUUAAUUUGCUUUAUAAAAGAGAGCCCUAUUCAUCUAGGACUGUUGAUCACACAUCUGAAAAUAAUAAAUAUAAUAUAGACACAUCAGAGAUACAAUAUGACAGCAUGUACUGUUUAGAUGAUAACUUAGGAUAUCGAAGAAUUAUAAGGUCACAGUCAACUGGUGAUAACCAAGAACCCUCUGGAAACAAAAGACUUGCUAAUAUAGGUGAAAUUUCAGUUUCAGAAAAAAGCAGAUCAUCUAAUAUACAAUUCAUUUCAACAGACCAUGAUUUUUCAAACAAUUCCAGAUCUUUUGAUACUAGUUUUCAAGAACUAUCCCCAUAUCCAUUGGCAGCAGCAAGUGUUCAAGAAAAUAAGCUGGAACUGAAAAUUUUAGAAGCAUUACAAAAAAGUGGUUAUUCUUAUAAUGAAUUAUCAACUGAAGGCCUUAGUGGAAUGUAUAAAGAAGCUUUUGCUGACCAGGUUGCAUCAGUUUUGAUGAAAAUGGGUUUGACGGGUAUUUCUGAUGCUGCAUUGGCUGGUAUUGUUCAACAUCUGAGUUAUGGGCAACAGAGUAGUUUACCAUGUACUACCAUAGACAAUGGAAUAAAAGAAGAAAUUGUAUCAUAUUAUAAGGAUACUUCAUCAGUUGAAAGAGUUAAAGAAACACUAUCAAAGCUAGGCAUACCUCUAUCAGACAUGUCUACCAAGAUACAUACUACAUAAGUUACUGAAACAACUAUAAACUAACACUCUAUGUUAAUCCAUUCUUAUUCUGUGAUUCUGUAAUGACAUCUGUUACAGAAUUUGUCAAUCAGUCGAAACUUCAUUUUCUUUUAGUUCUGUAAUGAAGCCUUUCACAUCUGUUGUACCUAAAAACAGACUCAGGAUCAAAUAUAAAUUAAAAGAAAACUGGAUAGAAAUGAAAAAACAACAACUCUGUCUUUCAAUUUAAUUCCUGGGGUGCAGGAAAUUCAACCAACCGAGAAUUAAGAUUAAGUUUGAAAUGAUACCAGACAAAAAUAAGAGACACAUCAUGCAAGCAAAAUUUCAGUUUGUAAGACCAGAAAUAAAAGUACCUAAAUAUGAGAUGUAAAUGGAUCAAGAAAGAAGACCAAGAAAAAAUAUCUGUUACUAACAGCAGCAUAGUUACUCAGGAAGGCUCUUUGAAGAAACCAUGGAAACAGUAUUGAAGGUUCCAGAUCAUUCCAGAAAAAUAUUUUUUGAUCAAAUUCAUGUCACUCCAUGGAUAUCUAAGACUGUUCAAGAUCCAGUAGAAUUGAAACAGAACAUCUUGAAAAAUUAUACACAGCAAGCAAAUUCAGUGGGAAUUUAUCAGUACAUUUAUGAAAUAAGACUUGGUUUGCCAUCAGUAAGAAGUGGGAGGCCUUCUCUUUAUCAAAGCAACCCCUUCUAUAACACCUAUAUUUCAUCUUAAAAUUUUGGAGGUAGCCUGAAACUAUGCACCUUUUCCAGUAGAACCAACUGAAUUUUGUGAGAUCAUUAAGCCUUCAAAUGAAUUUGAAUAUGCUGUCAUCACUGUUUUCAACAGUUUUAGAUGGAAGAUCUAAUAAGUUUCAAACGUGGUUUCUGUUGUUCUUCAGAUUACCAUGUUUAAGAGAGACGACUAGUUUUAAUUUGAAAAGUUGUGGCCAUUAUGGUUUAUAGUAUACUCAAAUUUCAUGAAAACACCCAGUUGAAAAACAAGAAAAAUCUCAAUUCAUGGCUCUUAAAUAUCUUUGCUAAGUAGUUAAUAUUUUAGUGUUGAGGCCUUUAACAUUCAUCAUUCAGUAAUUGAAGAAGUAUAACUCAUCUUUGCUGUUUGACAUGGAUUUGUAUUGGAUAUUCUGUGCUAACAUUGUAUAUAAUGUGAUUUAAAGUUAAAGUUUUGUUAAGUGUUUAGAACUUCUAAGGUGGAGCAUAUAAAGAUCUAUAUACACCUUGUGUUAACAAACCUUAAAAUUUAGUCAAAAUUGUAAGUUUCUUGUAAGAUGUACUUGAGAUAUAACUAUUUAAUACCUUUUUUUCACGUGGAUAAUCACAUCAUUAUGUUAUUUUUUGGCUUUUAUUAUAUCUGGUACUCUGUUACUAAUUUUUCUCAUGUAGACAGUUUGAGGAUUUUUUUAGCUUGAUGGGACCUUUAUUUUUUCACUAAAAUUUUAGGUAAAGCUGUGACUAAAAAAUUUCAUAUUGUUUUUUUUUCAAUAUCAUUGAAAUUCAAAAAACUGUAUAGUAAUUGGUUGUCUUGGUGUUUUAUUUGAAUAUAGUAGAAGUGGUUGUUUCGGCCUUUUUUUUUCUUCUAUAGAAAAUAAUGGUAUAUAUAUAUAUAUGUGUGUGUGUGUAUAUAUAUAUAUAUAUAUAUAUAGGUAAUUUAUAUCGUUUCCUAUUUUUUGGCAUUCAUUGAUUAUGCUACAAACUAAUAUAACUUGAAAACUGCUAUGCUCACAGAACAAUUUGCUUCAAUAAUAUAUGUUACUGUAUUUUUUUGUUUUUGUUGAUAGAAGGUUACUAAAUGUAUAACUGUAAAUGUAACUUUAAAAUGAUGAACCUAAAAUCUCUGUAGUGUGUAUUUAGUGAAAUAUAUCUUGUGUGUGUGUUUUUGGUGUAUUAGACAUUUUAAUAUUCAGGAUGUGUUUAAUUUUCAUGUCACUUGGAAACUUACAGGGCUUUCAAGAUAUUGAUUGUUAAGAAUAUUAAGCUUGUCUGUUUAUCUAUCUGAUUAAGAACUUUAUUAGAUAAUAAAAUCACUGGAAAGAA